AUGAAGCUCCCGCACUUAAUAUGGUGCCUGGCGCUGGUGUGCUGCGUCCGCGCCGACAACAGCACGGACACGUGCGAGCCCGACGAGGGCCCGUGGGGCGCCGCGCUCGUGGAGUGGGCCCUCUCGGCGCCCGCGCACAGCGACAGACAAGGUCGAGUGAUGUCCCUGCCCCCGGCGCCGGGCUACUACGUGACGGACCGCGUGGACAGGCCGCCGCCGCCGCCGGGGCCCCCGCCCCUCAGCCCGGGGGGCCCCAAGGCUUACACUGAGUGGCAGCCGCCGCCGCCCGCGGGUUCGAAGGUCGUCAACCGCCCGCCACAUAAAGAAAAACCGUUCAAACCCAGCCCUAGUUAUGCACCACCACCAAAUCAACUCCCCCAGUCACAACCGCCAUAUCAACAGGGUUCCUACCAACCCCCAUAUCAACAACAACCUCACUACCAGCAACAACCACCCUACCAGCAACAACCACCCUACCAACAACAGCCCCCUUACCAACAACAACAACCACAACCACCCUAUCAACAACACCCCCCCAACCCCCACCGCGGUCCAGGCCCCCUCCCGGCCGCAGACCGAGUAGACGAGCCCCCUCGCAAGCAGGUCACGGAGACGGACUUGCAUUUACUCAGCGCCAUCGAGAAGCUCGUGUAUCGUGUGGAUCUUAUGGAAAAGCGGCUGAGGAAGCUCGAGGAGAACGUGCACUACUUGGUCGUCGGAGUCGAGCAUAAACCUGAGCCGUGUGCGGGCAACUUCUCGCGUGUGGGCGACACGUGCUACCACUUCUCGUCGGAGGCGCUGGACUGGAAGAGCGCCAACCUGCGCUGCCGCAAGCUGCGGGCCAGCCUGCUGGAGCUGGAGGCCCACGACGAGCGCCGGCGCCUGCUGGCCGCCAUGCUCGGGGACAAGCGGAUACGAGGCCAGGACGUGUGGACGGGCGGGCUGAACCCGGGGCUGCUGUGGAUCUGGUCGCACUCGGCGCGGCCCGUGCUCAGCAACUCCACGGCCGCUGCGGGCGGGCCUGCCGCCAACGGCACCAUCGUGGGGGAGGGGCGCUGCCUCGCGCUCGUGCACGAUCCCGCUGUUAACACUUACGUCUAUAGGGGCCAGGACUGCGCUCUGCGCCACCGCUACAUCUGCGAGCAGGCGGAGGACAAGGCCGCGCUCAGCAACGAGGUGGCGCGGGCGGCCGAGGGGCGGGCGCGGGACGAGGGGGGCGGCCUCGCGCCUGUGUAG